AUGAUCGAUCAAAACUGCUACGGAUUGGUGAAAGUGGAAAGGGAUGUGGACCAGCUGGAACGACCUGUGGAUCCUUCGAUCGAGAUCGACAAAUGGUUCCCGCAUUGGUACCGUGAGAUGAAUCGAGAUUGGAUCACCGAUCGUGACGAGCAGGUUCAAUGGCCUAUAAAUUCAAGGAACGAUAUGCAUGAGGGCCCACCCCACAUUGGGUGA